AAGGUUCUUCAAUUGAGAACUUGCUAUAGUCUGAAUGGUCCGAAGUACCAAGGCCGGUUGUAGUGUGCCAAGUAGGCCUACCCUUUAUAUUACUGGAUACAUAUUUAAACCGUCGCGUUGCUGAAACGCCGGCUGACUUUCCGAAUCAUGAACUUGUACACAUUUUUAAAUUAUAAUUCGAAUACCAGCAUAUUCGGCAAAAUGCCUAGGAGGACUACUAUGACAAUGUACUGUUUUGCUUUAGUUUUUAUUGUUUGUUUUGAAAUUUGCUCAAGUUCCCAGUGUAUGUUAGACAUUUACCAAUAUGAAACGAAAAGGACAGCGGCAAUACGCGGUCAAAUUUUGAGUAAACUAGGAAUGACUGUACCCCCAAAGGAUAGUGGACCAGAAAUAAUCCCAAAAGAAGACGAAGAAAAGUGGAAUGAAACACAGAGGAUUUUGGAUGAACAAUGGUCGGAAAAGUUGGAAGCAUGUCAUAAAUAUUCAAGCGAAGAUGAAUAUUAUGCAAAACUUACAAAAACAUAUUCAUUGGAGAAAGAUUGGCCAAGAUCAACAACAGACGAACAUUUCAAAAAAUAUUACGAAGAAAAUCAAUUCAAAUACUCGAUGUUCUAUAAGUUUAAUAUAAGCGAUCUUCAAAGAAUGUCGAAGUCUAUAGAAAUAACGGAAGCCCAGCUGAGAAUUUUUAAAGCAAAUAGAUCGGAAGCAACUGUUGAAGAGCAACAUAUUGAGUUAUUCUCCAUUGAGAGUAUGAACAACUCGACCCCUGUGCGCAGGUUCCUGGGGGCAAGCGUGGUCAACACUAAGGAGGACGAAUGGCUAACAUUCGACGUAAGAGAGGCGAUUCAGAGGUCCUUCAGCACAUGUGACAAUUUAGGCUUCGAAUUGACGACCCAUUGUGAUCCGUACGAACGACAAAAAUUACAAAUUGCUCUAGCAGGCCCAUCUCAACAGACAAGAGUCCCAAGUCAAGGAGUUCGAGGAGACACGUCAAAUGAUGACGAAACUACGGCCCAGUAUUUCCUCAAACCUGGAUCGCACCCCACACUGAUAGUAUUCUACAGUGCCACUCCAAACGCAAUGUCUGGCAAUAUUGAAGAAACGACUGUUCAACUGAAUUUGUCACCAGGAUCACAGAGUUAUGAGGACGAACGCGACGGUGGAACACAUCAUCGCACGAGAAGGAACGACCGACGACGUCGAACUCCCGAACUCAACGAGGAUUUUUGCGAUUACGAAACUUCAAAACGCUGUUGUCUCCGGGAAUUUUAUAUUGACUUCGAAAAACAUCUGAAUUGGCGGUGGAUACGGCGACCACGUGGUUACAGAGCCAACUUUUGUGCAGGUAGUUGUCCGUACAUGUGGGGCACCGAUGUAAUGAAUACACAAGUGAUAGGUCUAUACAAGAAAAUGAACCCAGAUGCAUCCCCCUCCCCAUGUUGUGUGUCUAAGAACCUGAAACCACUAUCCAUUUUAUAUUACGAAGGAAACAAACCAAUAGUAACCAAGUUAACAGAUAUGAUAACAACGUCAUGUAAAUGUAGCUAAGAUCAAUUUAAAUUUAUUUAUCUUAAUUUAUUAUCAAUGUUCCCUACAACUCCAAGAGUUGUUUUCUAUAUAUUUUGUUCGUUCAUCUAAAUGUUUGUCCUAGAUAUGUGUUUGUUUCCGUUUGGUUUGUAGAUAUUAAUGGGAAAUAAGGUACCCGAACGUAAUUCAAUUAUUGUCAAUAUCCACCGUAUAUGCCUACAAUAUUAGUUCGUUAUUAGUAAAACACUCCGAAAAACACUAAAUUUAGUAUUAAAAAUGAUACACAUUCGUUUCUAGUGAAA